AUGGAAAAGAAGUACUCCCGUGUGUUAUGGACAAAAAAAAUAGGCUCCGGAGAAGCCUCUACCAAUGGGAGUGGUGUGAGUCUGCCUCUCCGACCAUCUGAAAAAAUACGCGUGUGGAGCCUGCUAGGUCCAUUCACGGUGCUGGGCAGAAGAACACUGGACAAGGUAGAGAAGGUGUCCGGCCCCGCGCUUGCACAGGGCACAGGACCCCGCCUUCCAGAAGGCCCAGGGACCACCCGACCCCGGAAGCAGGGCUGGCCAGUCCAGGCCCCGCCCACUCGCUGCACAUCCGCGCCCCUCAGCGGCGGCGGCGGCUGCGCGGGCCUCGGCUGCGCGGGCACGCGGGACGCCCAGCUGUCAAUCACGCGCAGGGCUGAGUUCGGCGAGGCGGGAGCGGCGGCGGCGGCGGCGGCGGCGGCGGCGAUGGGACCCCAGCGAGAGAUCUGCGGCUAG